CUGAAAUUCGAGUGUUGAAAAUCGCCGAGUGACUCACAGCCAACUACGGUCACUCGAUUUUCUGACUUGGUUUUCCCACAUACCAAUGUCGUCUCCCUUAGCUGUCCCGCGAUUCUCAGCUUCCCCACCGACCUACUGCUCCAAUACUCCUCCUCCUCAUUAUUGUACAGACCCGACAAACGGAGAAAGGUCCAUUGAGCAUGCACCUCACCGGGUUGGGCGCGUUGCAGACGGUACCUUCAUCAGGAAUCGUGAAAGACUUACGGUCCUUUUAACACAACAAGAAGAUGGUAUCUCAUCUCCAGUGUAUGGUCGGAUGGGCAACAUCGCCGGAGCUGUACUUCUCAGUUCAUCAGAGGACAUAAUUGAGGUCAAAAUACAAUUUGAAGGUCGCCUGCAUUUCAUGAGUUCUGAGUGUGGUUCAAGGACGGUUACGACCGUCAGCGAAAUGUAUACCCUAUGGAAUUGCUCCCGAACGGAGAUCGAGUCAUGCCCGGGUUCCUUUCCUUUCUCUUUCCAUCUUCCGUUGGUAUUUGAGGAUAGUGGAAGGACCUACCCAUUGCCGCCUACCUUCCAGACUGCGUUCACUGCUGUUCUCAGCUUGGUCGUGACCUCCGUCUAUACACUCAUUGCUUCCAUCACCACUGUACGUCGUCCACUGAUGCUUGGGUUUGAUAAGGUAUCAUCUCUGCGUAUACCCAUAACUUACUACCCCAGGACUCGACCCGAACGCCCUCCCUUAUAUGUCCCCCUACUUCCCAGCAUCAAGACUUGUCCUGAAGAAUGGAAUCAGGUCCUUGUCACUGUUAAAACAAAGUGCAGUUAUAACGUUCUCCCCAUCCAAUGCAACUUCUUCAUACCAUCUGUCCAGGCGUUUUCGUUCUCGGAUGUGAUCCCUUUCCACAUCCAACUCAGUGGUCCGCUUUUCUCUCUCCUCAUGCUCUUUCCCCAACGAUCCACCGAAUACGAGCCUUCCAUUUCCGUCACCAUGCACCGACAAAUCAUCAUCGAAACUCAGGGCCGAAGGUCGCGGCAGAAUCAAGAAAUCGGAGUAGGGACUAUGCGGCCUAUCCCUCCUCCGCCGUCCCAGUGUGAUCACGAUGAAGAAAAAAGCAUCGAUUGGGGAGGCGAAAUCCAAUGCAGACCCACUGUCAAGGUGGGAGGGUUUGCGGUCUCUGGCGUGUCUGUCAAGGCCAGUCCUCGCCAAUACGCGCUUCGUCCCAGACCCUCCAACAUCCGGCUUGCCACCCUUUCUGCCGCCGUCAUCGCUUCGCAACUCGACGACGUCGACGACGAUGAGCCACCCACCCCGCCGAGACGCAGCGUCGUUAUCGCGCCCAUCACCGUCCCCCGUUCGCCCAGCCCCGUCACUCCAGAUGCUCCCCUGACACCACCCAAUGCUACCUUUUCUUUGUCUUCGUUGACCCCUUCCCCGGCUCCAUCCGUGACGCCUCGCGUCUAUCGCUGGCCUGCACCGCCUUCCCAGCAUGAGAGCUCUGGCCCUCUCACCAACCCCAGUGCUCGUAUGUCGCAUGCUCGAAUUCGAAAUUGUGCCUCAGCCUGCUCGUAUCCGUCUUCCCACCUUUGCGGUGUGAUGGCGAAAAAUAUCGCUAGUCAUAGAUUGGGUCGGUCUGUUUAUACAGUAUACUAUCAGCUAUCUAUCUUCUCAUAUCUGAACGCAUCGUCCGUUCCUUUGUUGUACUUCGGGUGGAUUGUGUUUUGA